AUCACUUUAUCAACAGCACAAUUUUUUAACUUAAGAACAUACUUAUAUAGAUGUACAUAUUCACAUACACACAGCAUACAUACAUUGUCCAGUGUGUCAGUGGGUUGUUUUUCAGCUAUGUUUGUUGUUGAACAGCUCUACAAGAGGUUUCAGUUCCCUGGCAAUCCUAAAGGAAUGGGACAAGGCAAAGAAUGGAAUGUCGACCUCAUCCCAAAAUUCCUGCUGUCCAGUGGGCAGCUGGUAAAGAUGCUGUUGUGUACAGAGGUGAUGCGAUAUUUGGAUUUUAAAGUGGUGGAGGGCAGUUAUGUCUACAAAGGUGGGAAAGUGCACAAACUUCCUGUUACAGAGGCAGAAAUACACAGUUCAGAUUUGAUGGGCAUGUUUGACAAGCGACGAUUUCGGAAGCUGCUGCUGUUCAUUAGGAACUUUGAGGAGCAGGACCCACGGACAUAUCAGGAUAUGAACCCGAACAGGACCACCAUGAGGGAGGUGUUCCACCAUUUUGACCUGGGUUGUGAUGUAGUGGAGUUCACAGGACAUGCCCUGGGUCUGCACUGCAAUGAUGAUUAUCUGGAUGAGCCAUGCCUGCAGACCAUCAAACGAAUCAAACUGUAUGUGGAGUCUCUGGCUCGGUAUGGUCAUAGUCCCUAUCUGUAUCCUGUGUAUGGCCUGGGGGAACUGGCACAGGGCUUCAUCAGGUUAAGUGCUUUGAAUGGGGUCACAUACAUGUUGAAUCACCAGGUGGAUGACAUCAUCAUGGAUAAUGGCAGAGUGGUGGCAGUAGAGUCACAGGGAGAGACUUUCCACUGCAAGCAGUUGCUGUGUGACCCCAGCUAUGCGCCUAGCCGGGUGAAGAGGGUGGGCCAGGUGAUACGGGUCAUCUGCCUGCUGAACCACCCAAUCAGAAAUACAGAUGACGCUGGCUCAUGCCACAUCAUCAUACCGCUAGCGCAGCUCAACAGGAAAUCAGAUAUCUACAUAUGUAUGGUCUCCUAUACUCAUAAUGUAGCUCCAGAUGGGAAAUACAUCGCUGUGGUGAGCACAACCGUAGAGACCAGCAACCCAGAAAAAGAGGUGCAGCCAGGCCUGGCCCUCCUGGAGCCCGUCAUACAGAAGUUUGUCUCCAUCAGCAACCUGAUGACCCCCAUAGAUGAUGGAAGACGGAGUCAGAUCUUUGUGUCUCGCUCGUAUGAUGCCACCACACACUUCGAAACAGAGUGCAAGGAUAUUAAUGACCUGCUCUGGCGCAUGACGGGGUCAGAAUUCAUCUUCGAAGACUUCCACAGGGAGUGUGAGGCCGAUUUGGACAAUUAAGAUGAUAUAAUCAGAAAAACGUCAUCCCAUAGCAACCAAGAUACCAGCAAAGCGCCAACCUGCUCCUGGAGAUUCUCCACCCUGAUGCGUUAGGUUCCAACUCUAAUCUAAUGACCAUCUAAUCUGAAUUUUAUAGCCAAAUGUUGCAGAUUAGAUUUGAAUGUCUGCAAAUUAUGUUGUUUAGGAGUAGGAUUAGACAUCUCUGAAAGCACCAUCAAACAAACUGCCAAACCAUUAUUUAAGAUCAACAAAUGAACUGCAGUCAAUGUUUAAAACUAUAUGAACCAAUAACUCUAAUAAAGCCUCUUGUGUGAGCCAUUCAUGAGCACUGGAAGCAUGGAGAAUGUGUAUGGUGUUUAAUAUUGACCAGUGGCCCAUACUAUGACAGGGAUCAAGAAAGAUAAGUUUCACAAAGGACAUGAAAACACCACAGCUGUGUGACUAUAGGACACACUCAUAUAUAUAUAUAUAGAAUAUAGGACACACUCAGAGAGAGAGAGAGAGAGAGAGAGCAAAAGAGAGCGAGAGAGUGAGUGAGUGAGAGAGAAAAAGAGAGUGUGAGAGAGAGACGGGGGGGUGGGCGAGCGAGUUAUCAGUGUAGAAAUGGCAGGAGGCAGCUGUGUGGCUGGCCUACAGAGGAAUUUUAAAUGAGGCUUAUGUUCACUGCAUCACUGCAAAGAAGACUGGCCACAACCUUGCUUGAGAUUAUGCA